AUGGCUGGAAAGUUGGUAUGCCUUUUCGAAGGGCUGAAACCAACGAUAGCAAUGGUGAUGAUUCAGAUAACAUUUGGAGGGAUACACGUCCUCUACAAAUUAGCUAAGAACGAUGGCAUGAGCAUGAAAAUCAUGAUCGCCUACAGAAUGAUCUUUGCCACAGCUUCAAUGGUUCCUCUUGCUUUAAUCUUAGAACGGAACUCUAGACCAAGAUUGACAGGACGAAUCUUCUUCCUAGGUUUCAUCUUAGGCAUGUUUGGGGGCUCAUUAACCCACAAUUUAUAUGUUGAGAGCUUGGUUUUAACAUCUGCAACAUUUGUAGCAGCAAUGACUAAUCUUACUCCUGCCCUGACAUUUAUCAUGGCUAUCAUUUUAAGGAUGGAAAGAUUGGCAAUUAGAACUGAUGCUGGAAAGGCUAAAGUUUUGGGCACUAUAUUGAGCAUAGGCGGUGCAAUGAUUUUUACAUUUUACAAGGGAAUUGGGAUCAAUGUGUGGACGACCAACAUUAACUUGCUACAUCAUCAUGCCAUGACAACAUCAAAGCAGACAUCGGCAAAGGAAGCAUUGGGCGCAUUGCUGGGUGUGGGUAGUGGUGUGUCUAUCGCAAUCUGGAUGAUAAUCCAGGUGAUUUUCCUUUUGAGAUUUUAA